AUCUAGUGUGGAAGCCAAAACAAAAACCCUAUUAUCUGCAAUAUUUACAUUGUAAAAAGCCAAAAGAGGAAGGGGGGUUGGGAUGAUUAACAACUAUGGCUGUGAACUUCUCAGUUAGUUGGUUGUUGGUACAGUUACAAAAAGAGACAGACGAAAGUACAGUAGCUUUCAAGGUCCAACGCACAAGUCGCUUCUAUCAGUUAAAGCUAUCUAACCAUCUUAUUCUCUUACCAAGUCUCCUCUCAUCCAUCAACAAACAAACCCCACGAAACUUCAAUCUGACAAACUUGCACGUCCUUCCCCUUCCCCUUACUUGCUUCCAACUUUCUUCUUCUCUCUCACCCCACACCCCUUUUGUAUUUCUUACCAUUUCCUUCUUUCUUUGGACGUCUCUGCUUCUGGCAAAUCCGCCAAUGCUCGCUUCUCCUCCGCCACCACCACCAUCCACUUGUUAGCUUUAUCACUGCCUCAUCAAAUGGGGGAAGAGAAUCAUACCCUUUUGAUCCUUUUCCUUUUAUUGCUCCUCUCCAACUUCAAUUUUGGAAAAAGUAGUAAUUCUUCUGAGGUUGCGUUUACCCCUCCUGACAAUUAUCUCAUUGAUUGUGGAUCAUCACAAGAUACCAAGCUUGAUGAUGGCCGAAUCUUCAAAUCUGAUUCUUCCUCAAGGAGUUACCUGGAGACGAACGUAGAGGUAGAAGUUUCGGUGGAUUCUAUUCUUGUCAAUACCACUUCUAAUUCUUCUUCUCCUUCGUCUGCAUCUGCGCUUCUUCUGUGUCGCAGUGCAAGAAUUUUAACUUCUGAUUCGAAAUAUUCUGUUCAUAUAUCUAGUCCUGGUUGGCACUGGGUUCGUCUUUACUUCUAUCCGCUUCCCCACCUGAAAUACAAUCUAACCAGUGCUGUUUUCUCCGUCACAACUGGUGAUGAAUUUGUUCUUUUACAUGAGUUCUCUGUGAGAGAGACUACUUCGGUGGUUUUCAAGGAAUACCUCUUAAAUGUCACUAGCGAAACAUUUUCCCUCAUUUUCAAGCCUAACCAACAAUCUUAUGCCUUCAUCAAUGCUAUUGAGAUUGUUUCUGCACCUGAUAGCCUUCUUUCUGAUUCUGCGUCCACAGUUCCCCAAGGAGGAACUUUCAGUGGUUUGUUUAAUUAUGCUUUUGAGGUGUUUUAUCGGUUAAAUGUUGGAGGCCCAAUCAUAACUCCCAAGAAUGAUACGCUGUCAAGAACAUGGCUGCCUGAUACAGAAUAUAACGCAUUUCCACAAGGAGUUCAAAAUGUAUCUGUCUCUCCCGGUGCCAUCAAAUACCCACAGCAUGGUGCCAACACAUAUAUUGCUCCUCGAUUGGUCUAUGCAUCCGCAGACCAGAUGGCAGAUUCUGAUACAGAGUCACAGAAUUUCAAUCUCACUUGGGAGAUGAGUGUUGAUCCUGGAUUUUCCUAUUUGAUCAGAACGCACUUCUGUGACAUUGUGAGCAAGUCCCUUAAUGACAUAUACUUCAAUGUGUAUAUAAAUGGAUUGAUAGGAGUGUCUAGUCUUGAUCUUUCAUCCAUCAACAAUGCCCUCUCCACAGCUUAUUACAUGGAUUUUGUGCUCAACGCCUCAUCCAUCCAGAACGGUACUGUCGCGGUUCAGGUUGGCCCUACGACCACUGUACAGUCUGGGCAGCCUAAUGCUAUUCUUAAUGGAUUAGAGGUCAUCAAGAUAAGCAACAAAUUGGGGAGCUUGGAUGGCUUACUCGGUGCUAAAGGGUCACAAGGAAUGAGCAUAAUGAAGAUUGUUGCAGUUGUUGGGCUUGGAAUGGGGCUAACUGCAAUGGUUCUCCUCGCAAUGGUAUUUAUCCGAUGGCAGAAGAGGCCUAAUGAUUGGCAGAAACGAAAGAGCUUCUCCUCAUGGCUUCUUCCUCUCCAUACUAACCAGUCUACAUUCUUAUCCAGCAAGAGCAGCUCCCGAAGAUCUAGCAUCUUUGGUUCCCGGAAAAGCAAGAGCGGUCACUCUGGUUACUUUAAUAAUCAGGGUCUUGGCCGGUACUUCACUUUCAGUGAAUUACAGAACGCCACACUAAAUUUUGAUGAAAAAACAGUGAUUGGUGUUGGUGGGUUUGGAAAAGUUUAUUUUGGAGAGUUAGAAGAUGGAACUAAGACUGCUAUCAAACGAGGAAACCCGAGUUCUCAGCAGGGUAUAAAUGAGUUCCAGACGGAAAUACAAAUGCUCUCUAAGCUCAGGCAUCGCCACCUCGUAUCACUCAUUGGCUUCUCGGAUGAACGAUCAGAGAUGAUUCUGGUUUACGAGUACAUGGCUAAUGGUCCACUUCGCGACCACCUCUAUGGCUCAAACCAACCUCCUUUGUCAUGGAAACAACGGCUUGAGAUUUGCAUUGGUGCAGCUCGUGGGUUGCAUUAUCUCCAUACAGGUGCUGCACAAGGCAUUAUACACCGUGACGUUAAGACCACGAAUAUUCUUCUUGAUGAGAAUUUCGUAGCAAAAGUAUCUGAUUUUGGCCUUUCCAAAGCUGCUUCAAUGGAACAGGGCUAUGUGAGCACAGCCGUGAAGGGUAGCUUUGGAUAUCUUGAUCCUGAGUACUUCAGGAAGCAACAGCUUACAGAGAAAUCUGAUGUCUACUCUUUUGGGGUAGUUCUGUUUGAGGUAUUAUGCGCAAGGCCUGUCAUAAAUCCAGCACUGCCAAGGGAUCAGGUGAAUUUAGCUGAAUGGGCAAUGCAGUGGUAUAGAAAGGGCAUGAUUGACAAGAUAAUUGAUCCUCAAAUUGCUGGGACUAUUAAUCCAGGAUCUCUCAAAAAGUAUGUGGAAGCUGCAGAGAAAUGUUUAGCAGAAUAUGGCGUUGACAGGCCUGGCAUGGGAGAUGUGCUGUGGAACUUGGAGUAUGCUUUGCAGCUUCAGGAAGCUUCCUCUCAGCCUGACAUUUCAGAAGAUAAGAGUACAAAUCUCAUUGCUCUGAAAAAACCAAGUAGAAGGGCCCCUGAAGGCGAAUCUGCCGUUUCAAUUAGUGAUGAUUCUGAAGUAACUUUAGAUUCUCCAAUGUUCUCUGAAUUAGGGAACUUUCAGGGAAGGUAAAUUAAAGAACCUGACGAAUAGCAGCAGCAACGCAUAUGGUGGCGCCAAAAAAAGUUAGAAGCUACCUGAUCCAAAUUGUUCGUUGAAGCUUUUAGCAUGUGCAGUUGUGUUCUGCAGAAUUGAUCCUUUUUUUUUCCAUGUUUUUUCCCCUUUCUUUAUAGAUUUUCCUUUUCUAUAUAAGUGAGUGAUCUGUUUCCUUCUGGUUUAA